AUGUCUACGACCGAGUUGACACCCAAGUUUGCGCCCUUCUUGGGCAUGGCAGGCAUCGCCUUUGCCAUGAUCUUUGGAUGUGUUGGAGCAGCAUACGGCACGGCAAAGUCUGGCAUCGGUAUCGCAAAUGUCGGAACCUUCAGACCAGACCUCAUCAUGAAGUCUCUAAUUCCAGUCGUCAUGUCUGGUAUUUUGGCUGUAUACGCGCUGGUGGUGGCAGUCCUGAUAGCGGGAAACAUGAGGCCUCCGCCCGACAUGGAAUACAGUUUGUUCAACGGCUGCAUGCAUUUGGCCUGCGGUCUCUCAGUCGGCUUGACUGGACUCGCAGCGGGAUAUGCCAUUGGAAUCGUUGGAGACUCGGGCGUACGCGCGUACAUGCAACAGUCACGGAUUUUUGUCGGCAUGGUGCUCAUUCUCAUCUUUGGUGAGGUUCUGGGUCUCUAUGGGCUGAUUGUCGCCCUUAUUCUGAACACGAGAGCAUCUGGUUAA